AUGAUGCCCAUUUCCCGCGUUUCGUUCUCGUCGUCGUCUCCCGUGACUCCUCGAGGACAGCCUUCAAGACGACGACGACAAAAGAAGAAGACUUUAGGGGCAAAACCGUUGGCCGCCGCCACCACGGAGAAUACGAAUAACAACAACAAAAACACGCUUCCUCUCUGGGCGGAAACCCAAAAGAGAAACUCCCCGGCGUUGACGAACAUUUCUUUCGCGCUGGUGAACCCGCAAGGCCCGAUGAACGUGGGGAGUUGCGCGAGGGUGAUGCAAAACUUUGGCAUUUACGACCUGAAAAUAGUGCAAGGCAGCUCGUUCGUGUUCGAACCGACGCCGGAUGAUGAUUCGUCGGAUGAUGAUGACAAUGAUGAUAUUAAUGAUAAAAAUGAUGAGAAAAAGAAUCGAAGAACAACAACGCAGUACGAGAACAAAGACGAGGCGAGCGAAACGGAAGGCGAAAUGCCGGAUUUGUUUACCGCGAGUUUAUUAACAUCCAACAAAGACGCGAAGAAAACGAUGAGCGGAGAGGCGUAUCGGUUCGCCUGCGCGGCGGAUUGGAUGCUCGAGAGAGCGUCGAAGGAGGCGUGGUAUCCGGACGUGAAAUCUGCGACGGCGGAUCGAACGGUGGUGUUUGCGACGACGGCGAGAAAUCGCGACGGGUCGCAACCGAUGUUGGAUUCAAGAGAAGCGUGCCGAAAAGCCGCGAAAUUGGCUCUGGACGGAGAGAAAGUCUCGUUUUUGUUCGGGAACGAGAGAGUUGGAUUGACGAACGAGGAGUUGAGAACGGCGCAAUAUUUAGUCGCGAUACCGACCGCGGGUGUUGGCGAGGUUUGCGGAAAGAGUUUGAAAUACACGGGGAGUUCUGGUCCGACGAGUUUGAAUUUGAGUCACGCGGUUGGAGUGGUAGCGUACGAAGCGUUCGUCGAGACGACUUUGGAAGAAGACAGAAGAAGGAAAAGUGGACACGGAUCGUCGUCGUCAUCAUCGAGUGGUGGUGGUAGUAGUAGUAGUAGUAGCAGCAGCAGCAGUAGCAACAAUAAUGAUAAAGAUGAUAACAAUAACAGCGAUAUCAAUAGCGAGGAAAGCACGGCGUCUUUGAGAAAGCAAACCAACGCGGGUAAAACGGAAACCGAUAAACUGAUGAGUUCGGGCGAGAAGCAACAGUUGACCCAGGCGUUAUUCAGCGCCAGGCGGUCGUUGGAUGUUUGUCCAUCAGCUACAGAUGAUCGCGCGGAUACAGAAGACGAGGAUUCGAUAGAUUUACAAUCUCGAGAAUUUAAAGCGAUUGAACGCGUGCUUUCGAACCCGAAUCUUCGCGGUCGCGACGCGGCGGUGUUGUUUCAAGUCGCUCGAAGAAUAUUAGCCGUGAUGGAAAACAACGACGAAUCUCCGUUGGAGAGAGUCAUCGUCGACGAGCUCAAGAAGGUGAAAAAAGUAGACACGCCAAUCAAAGAAGCUCGGAACGCUUUGAGGGAGAGAUUUAACAUCUCCUUGACCAAUCGCGAAAUCCUCGAAGCGCAGCGACGCGCGAGCAAGUAA